UUUUCAUCUUCGUGUCGUGUCAGCUUUUGAGCUCGAUUGAAAUAAAUUCAUAAAAUUUAAUUGUUGAAAAGAAACAAACAAAAAUUUGCCAUAAUUUUCUGGUGGGCGAGAAUCUAAUGAGCUAUCCUGCGCCUUUUCCACAUGAGCAGGAUAGCAGCAGCACCGCCCUCUCCUUUCUCAGCCUCACCGCGUUUUACAAAACACCAUCGUCAUCCCACUCUGCUUCUUUGGCCCUUCAAAACAUUUAGCAGAUCAAUUAACGCCAAACUCACCCUUUUGUUUUUUGAUUUUUCAAUUUCAUCCUCUUCACCUCUUCUAUGUGCAAAACUAAAAUGGCAGUCAACGCGUCGGAACCUACCUCGUCCCGAACUCGCCCGAGUCAGCCCCCUCGAACUUCAUCAAGUCGGUUGAGUCAGUCCCAAACUCCCUCCACUUCCAAUCCUACCACCAGCGCAGCAUACACUUCCACUUCAUCUCACACUAAAGCGACGUCGUCGGGGACUUCAAUUUCAAGCCGAACUUCGCUCUCAAGCCUCCGCGAAUCGAUCUCGGAAAAUCCUCACAUCUACGACAUAACCGAAAUCCGAGCCGCCACCAACAACUUCUUGGCCAAACGCUACCCCUCUUCCUCCUCUGCCUCCUCCGCCGCCUGCUGGCGUUGCAACCUCCGCGGCCGUGACACUGUUGUUUUCCAACGCAAGUUUCGUCGCAAAUUUCAAACCGCUCAACUCAAAGAACGAUUAUCCAUCAUUUGUAGAAGCAAUCACAUGAGUAUAAUCAAACUCCUCGGUGUUUCCAUCUCUGGCGAUCAUAUUUACCUUGUUUAUGAGUUCAAAGAAGGAUCGAAUCUCGUUGAGUGCUUGAGAAACCCUAGAAAUCCGAGCUUUACUGUUCUCUCGACCUGGAUUUCGAGAAUGCAGAUCGCCACUGACCUCGCUCACGGCCUCGAUUAUGUUCACAACAACACCGGAUUAAAUCUUAGUAUUGUUCAUAAUCACAUUAAGAGCAGUAGCAUUAUCGUUAUAGAGCCUUCUUUUAAUGCCAAGAUUUGCCAUUUUGGAACGGCACAGCUUUGUGGCGAAACGGACGAGAACGAAACGCGAGAAAUCGGCUCUUUGAAACGCGAAACAGAAAUCGAAGAAAUAAUCGAAGAAGGUAAAGGGGCGAGUUCUAGUAAAUUGAAAAGAUCUGAUAGUGGAGAGAUGCAAUUCGAAGGAGUGAGAGGUUAUAUGUCGCCGGAGUUCAGGUCCAGCGGCGUCGCGACACAGAAAUCUGAUGUUUUCGCCUUUGGAGUGGUGAUUUUGGAGCUAUUGUCAGGGGAGGAGCCGUUAAAAUACCGGUAUGAUAAAAAGACAGGUGAUUUUCUACGGACGUCUGUGAUAGAUACGGCAGCAGCGGCGGCGGCGGAGGGAAGAGAAGGCGUGAGGAGGUGGAUUGACAGAAGGUUGAAUGAUUCAUUUCCAGUCGACGUGGCGCUGAAGUUGUUACGUCUAGCGUUGGAUUGCGUACACGUGGAUCCGGAUAAACGGCCGGAUAUGGGACGGGUGGCAGGUAAGAUUUCGAAGCUUUAUCUGGAUUCGAGGAUUUGGUCGGACAAUGUGCAAAUUCCAAAAGGUAUUUCGGUUUCGUUGGCGCCCAGAUGAUUUGGAAAAAUGGCGGCU